GUUGUUGACGGUGCACAUCUUGAUGGACCUUAUAAAGGGACGUUUGUAUCAGCUAGCACACUUGAUGGGGCAGGUUGCAUAUUGCCGUUGGCGUAUGGUAUUGUUGAUACGGAAAAUGAUUCAUCAUGGACGUGGAUUUUUCAGAAUUUCAAGAAUGCAUUUGGAGAGAGGGACAAUAUGUGUGUUGUAUCAGAUAGGAACGAAAGCAUAAUCAAGAGUGUAAGCAUGGUAUUUCCCAAUGUUCCUCAUUUUGCAUGCAUAUGGCAUAUAUGGAAAAAUGUGUGUACUAAAUACAGAAGGAGCAAAGCUGUACUAAGUGACAUCUUCUAUUCAAUGGCCAAGGCAUACCGAAAAGAUGAAGUCGAUAAAUUAAUGGCCAAAGUUGAAAGAAUCGAUCAACGGGUGGCACAAUAUUUAAAAAAUGCAGGAUACGAAAAGUGGUCAAGGGUUCAUGCCACUGUCAACAGGGGUAGAAUGAUGACUUCUAACAUCGCAGAAUGUAUCAAUGGAUGUCUUGUUGAAGCACGAGAGCUGCCUAUAAUUGACUUUUUGGAGCAAACGAGAAUGUUAUUUGGUUCUUGGAACUGCAAAAAUCGAGAAAUAGCAUCUUAUACAAAACAUACUUUGGGUAGAAAAUUCGAAGAUAUCCUAGUUUCAAACACGAUCAAGUGUUCGAGAAUGAAGGUUGUUGCUUCAUCAGAGUAUCUUUAUUCUGUUUACGAAUUAGGUAUAAGAUACAUUGUGUGUCUAGAGAGAAAAACAUGCACUUGUGGUAGAUUUCAACUAGACGAGAUACCAUGUCCACAUGCAAUUGCAGUGUUGAAGAGCAAGAACAUUACUGACCUGCACCCAUAUUGUUCUGAUUACUACAAACCAGAGGCGUUGGCAAAUACUUAUGAAUUACCAAUGGUUCCAAUGCCAGAUAAGAAAGACUGGACUGCUCCGAAGGAAAUUUUGGAAGAAAUUGUCUUGCCGCCAAUAUACAAAAGGAUGCCAGGAAGACCAAAGAAAGGGAGAAAAAAGUUUGCUAGUGAGAAAAUAACAAGUAGCACAAAUUCUUGUGGACGUUGUGGCCACGAAGGCCACAACAGAAAGACUUGUAAUUUCAUUACUAAAUAG